AUGGCGUUUGCGCCGUUUCACCUUGAGGCGGUCAUUCCUAAGUCGAUAUUGAAGCUGGCUCUUCGACUCACACUUUGUGGCCAUACCAGCUGUUUGCUCUGCCUCAGAUCCGUCCAAACAGCCUCUUCUACAACGCCAGGUGCCAAGUGGAUGCCAAAAAUUGUCAGAGGCCAGCCGUCAAUCUGGCACAUCAACACUGAUGAUUCUUUGUGUCUGACAUCCAAGGGCUGGGCUCUGUUUCAGGUAUAUUCCUGCGAUAUGGCAAUGCACAAAUUCACGCGGAUUGGGACUGUUGCUGGAGCGGUCCCAUGA